AUGCUCACAGUUAUGUCGGUGAGCAGCGCUCGUAACAGCAGCGCCAAGCCCAAGAAGGAGCGGAGGCUUCGGAAGCGCCUACGCGCUUGCCUCCCGCACUUCCACGGCACAGAGUCUGAAACAGGAACCGUCGAGGAGUUGCGAGACAGCGAGUCCGCCACAGCCAAGAUGCCCGCCCGCACUAGUGUGCCCGCUCCUAGACACAGCACAGAUCUCCCCAUCAUGAACCACUCAUGGUCCGACACGGAGGACAUGUCUCCCGUGUCCGUCAUGCUCGAUCGAUCCCUGCGGAAACGCCGCCAGGACAGCUCAUCUGCGUGCUCGUCCCCAGCUUCAGCCUCGUCAUCGUCGUCUUCGUCCUCGACAUUCUCAGUAUCCCGUAAGGGCGUUACGUAUAGCCACGACGGUGCAUUGGUCCACUGCCGCUUCUGUGAGAUUCUCGAGUCCGGCGACGAACCCUUCCUGUACGAGGACGAGGACGUAGUGGUAUUCCGCCCCCUGGCUCCUGUAGUCGUCAGCCACAUCCUGGUGGUGCCACGCCGACACAUUCGCAACGUGAACAAACUCACACCUGACGACGCCGCACUGCUGCGUCGUAUGCGCGAGGUCGCCGCCAACGUACUUCGUGAUAUGCCACGUCCCACCGUGAUGUUAGCCCCUCCAAAGGCAGAGCGGGCUCACGUCACAGCAGACUGUACCGACGAGGACUCCGAGUCGGACUUCAAGUUCGCCUUCCACUCGCCCCCUUUCAACAGCAUCGACCACGUCCACAUGCACGCUUUCCGCACACGUGACGGCCGCUUCGGCUGCGUCGGCUCUAUCAAGUAUCGCACAGAGACCUGGUGGUGUCGCUCGUUCGACGAGGUCAUGACUCGUCUGGGUCUCCGUGGCCGAAAGCAGUGUGAAAGCGACGCAUCGACGGUCGAGUCGGACUCAAGGAAAAAGGAACACCGACAAAGGCAUCACGCUGCGAGCCACCCGCCCUGCGGCAGCGAGGUGCACUCCAAUGAAUCUAUGGUCUUGACGUCGGUUGACAGUCUAGGUUAA